UUGCAUGCAUUUGGCCUGCAGCAUGGGGGUGCACUGGACUUUGUGUCAGUGCAAUAGAGCAAACUCCAAGAGUCAGGGGGGUUAGCAGUGUGCGGGAACAGGUUGGCUCCCUGGGCUUGUCACUGGGCUUGACAACAGGCUUGGUUUUAACUCGGCAGGCAGCUGAGUCCUGGCAGCCCCAUUACAAAAGAGGAGUUUUCUCUUCCCCCUCCCCCAACCUCCCUUUAGGUGGACAAGGAGGAAAUGAGCUGGGAAAGCCAAAUGUCAGUUGAGAAAAGGGCAAUUUGGUAGGUACUCUGUUGCAGGAAAGCUGCUGAAGGACUUUUCAGAGUGUAGGGUAGUGAUAGGACUCAGGAAAAUGGAUCCAAGCUAGAGGAGGAGAGAUUUAGAUUAGAUGUUAGGAAGUUUUUCUCCAUAAGGAUGGUGAGACGCUGGUACAGGUUGCCCAGGGAGGUGGUGGAAGCCUCAUCCUUGGAAGCUUUUAAGGCCAGGCUGGAUGUGGCUCUGGGCAACCUGAUCUAGUGGAAAGUGUCCCCUGCCUGUGGCGGGGAAGUUGGAACUGGAUGAUUCUCGAGCUCCCUUCCAACCCUGACAAUUCUAUGGUUCCAUGACAUCAGAUUCCACAAAAAGGAAACAAAAAAACCCAGAAGCAGAGGCAGCACUGUGGACAGCAGAUCAAACCAAAAGUGCAACUAACGGGAAAAACCCAGCCUGGAACCUGGGGAAAAAACACACAAACCUGGAACAGGGAACUUUACACACUCCAGAAUCUACAACAAGCCCCAGAAACCCCCAGCCAGCCCCUUUGCUGUCAUGCAGUGAGCCUGGUGUAGAACACACAAUCCAGUUUGCUCUGGUGUUCUGUGCCACUUGGGGCAGGUAGCUCUGUCCCUCCCAUCCCUCAUCCCUCCUAGUGGGACCAGUCAGUUUAAACCAGCACAACACUCCUCUGUUGCUGUCAUUGUCUGACUUUUUGUGGUGUGAGACUUCUUUUGUUCAGUUAGUAAAAAGGCUAAUUGCAGGUGUCUGCAUCAUUCUUACCUGCCUCUUAUUUACUUUAUGGAGAGUUCAAGAGGGGAAGCACCGAGGAGGUGGAAGGUGCAAGCAUGGCGUGUCUGCAGCUCCAGGUGUCUGAAGUGCCAGCCGAGAUGUGAGCACGUCAGAGCACAGAAGUGUUCCCACAAGAUUUCAGCACUGUGACCUAAAAUCAUAAACAAGGCAUCCAAAAUGUUGUGCCCAUGGCAGUUUGUGUUCAAGCCUCGCCUUGCCAAGAGCAAGUUCUCUCAAGAGAAGGACCUCAAUAAUAACUUGGGGCAGAGAAAGAAGAUCAAUGGCUUGGAAAACGCUGGUGCCAAGUUCCCUGAGCAGAAGAAGCAGCAGCUAGAGAUGCCGCCUGUCGUAACACCGGCAAAGGGCAGCGAGGGGCCAGAGAACCCUCCCCAAAAUGAUGUCAAAGCUCCAACCGAAAUAUCAACAUGUCCCAGACACAUAAAAAUAAGGAACUUGGAGAAUGGAUCCAGCUUGCUUGACACACUGCACCUGACAGCUAAGGAGAUUAUCAACUGCCAGACCAAAGCCUGCCAAGGGGCACUCAUGACCCCAAAAAGCCUGGUGAAAGGUUGUCGAGAUGGACCAGUCCCACCAGAAGAGCUUUUACCUCAGGCAAUUGACUUUAUCAAGCAGUACUACAAUUCCUUUAAAGAGCCAAAAAUAGCAGAGCACCUGGCCCGGCUGGAAACGGUGAGCAAGGAGAUAGAAACAACAGGAACCUACCAGCUGACAAAGGAUGAGCUGAUCUUUGCUGCCAAACAGGCCUGGAGGAAUGCUCCUAGAUGCAUUGGGAGAAUCCAGUGGUCCAAUCUGCAGGUGUUUGAUGCACGUGACUGUAAAACAGCCAAGGAAAUGUUUGAGCACAUCUGCUCUCAUAUUCAGUAUGCCACAAACAAGGGCAAUAUAAGAUCAGUCAUCACCCUCUUCCCCCAGAGGACUGAUGGGAAGCAUGAUUUUCGUGUUUGGAACAGCCAGUUCAUCCGAUAUGCUGGGUACCAGAUGCCAGAUGGGUCCAUCCUGGGGGACCCUGCCAGCCUGGAGUUCACACAGUUGUGCAUUGAGCUUGGGUGGAAGCCCAAAUACGGCCGCUUUGAUAUCCUCCCCCUGGUUCUCCAAGCAAACGGCCAGGACCCAGAAAUGUUUGAGAUCCCACCAGAAAUUGUCCUGGAAGUGCCACUGGAGCAUCCAAAGUAUGAAUGGUUCAAGGAGCUGGAUCUGAAGUGGUAUGCACUGCCUGCUGUGGCCAACAUGCUGCUGGAGGCAGGAGGCCUGGAGUUCACCGCCUGUCCCUUCAACGGCUGGUACAUGGGCACAGAGAUAGGGGUGCGAGACCUGUGUGAUGUGCAGCGAUACAGCAUCCUCAAGGAGGUAGGGAGAAGAAUGGGACUGGAGACAAACAAACUUUCAUCCUUAUGGAAGGACCGAGCUGUUGUGGAGAUAAAUGUGGCUGUGCUUUAUAGCUUCCAAAAGCAGAAUGUGACCAUCAUGGACCACCACUCUGCUGCUGAGUCCUUCAUGAAGUACAUGCAGAGCGAGUACCGCACGCGGGGCGGCUGCCCGGCAGACUGGGUCUGGCUUGUGCCCCCGAUGUCUGGCAGCAUAACUCCUGUCUUCCACCAGGAGAUGUUGAACUAUGUCCUCACUCCCUUCUAUUAUUACCAGGUGGAUGCAUGGAAAGCACACAUCUGGCAUGAUGAGACCCGGAGGCCAAAGAAAAGAACAAUCAAGUUUGGCAUCCUGGCAAAGGCUGUGCUCUUCACAUCCUCCCUCAUGCAACAGGCAACAGCAGCAAGGCCCAAGGUCACUGUAAUCUAUGCAACAGAGACUGGGAAAUCUGAAACCUUAGCCAACAAUCUGUGCAGCCUGUUCAACUGUGCCUUCAGCACCAGGAUUCUGCCCAUGGAUGAGUACCACAUCAGUGACCUGGAAAAAGAGACACUGCUUUUAGUGGUUACCAGCACUUUUGGAAAUGGAGAUUCUCCAAAUAAUGGAAAGACCCUGAAGAACUCCUUGCUCACCCUGAAGCAGCUGAGAAAGAAAAUCAGAUAUGCUGUGUUUGGAUUGGGGUCCAGCAUGUAUCCAGAGUUCUGUGCCUUUGCUCACACCAUUGACCAGAAGUUGGCCCAGCUAGGGGCUUCUCAGCUUGCUCCAGUAGGUGAAGGAGAUGAACUCAACGGGCAAGAAGAAGCCUUUCGCACGUGGGCAGUCAGCGCGUUCAAGACUGCCUGUGGCGUUUUUGACAUCCGUGGCAAAAGCAGCAUUCAGCUGCCUGAGAUGUACACCUCUGGUGAAAGCUGGGAGCCUGAGAAUUACAGGGUAGUGCAUGACCCACAGCCCAUGGACUUGCCUAAAGCUCUUGCAAACAUCCAUGCCAAGGAUGUCAUUCCCAUGAAGCUGAAAUUCAGGCAGAAUCUUCAAAGUCCAAAAUCCAGCCGUGUCACCAUUCUGGUGAAGCUUUCCUGUGAGACUGCUCAGGAAGUGCACUACCUGCCCGGAGAACACAUCGGCAUUUUCCCAGGGAACCAGCCGGAGCUAGUGCAGGGCCUCAUUGCGCACGUCAGGGAUGCUCCUCCAGCUGGGCAGACUGUCAGACUCGAGACCUGCACUGCUGGUGGCUACUGGACAAGUGACAAAAAGAUUCCAGCCUGCACCCUCCCUGAGGCUUUGACAUAUCUGCUUGACAUCACCACUCCACCCUCCCAACAGCUGCUAAAAAACCUCUCCCAGCUGGUAACAGCAGAAGCAGACAGACAGAGGCUGGAAGUUCUGUCUCAGAACACAGAAGAGUACAAUAAAUGGAAGAUUUACAACAGCCCAAACAUCCUGGAGGUCCUGGAGGAGUUUCCUUCUGCUGAGGUCUCAACAGCUUUCUUACUGACUCAGCUGCCAUUGCUGAAGCCCAGGUACUACUCUGUCAGCUCUUCCUGUGACAUGACACCCAGGGAGAUUCAUCUGACAGUUGCAGUUGUAAACUACAAGACAAGAGAUGGACAAGGGCCCCUGCACCACGGAGUCUGCAGCACGUGGCUGAACACCAUAGCCCUCAGUGACACAGUUCCAUGCUUUGUACGCAGUGCUAGUGAAUUCCACCUGCCAGAGGAGCCAACCAAGCCAUGCAUCCUGAUCGGCCCAGGCACAGGAAUUGCUCCCUUCAGGAGUUUCUGGGUGCAGCGUCAGUAUGACCUGGAAAAGAAAGGGAUCAAAGCUGGUGACAUGACGCUGGUGUUUGGCUGCCGGCGGCCGGACCUGGAUCACAUCUACAAAGAGGAAACCGAAGAAAUGAGGAGGAAGGGAAUUCUGAAGGAAGUCUACACAGCUUACUCCAGACUGCCUGGGCAAGCUAAAGUCUACGUGCAAGACAUUCUUAAAAGCAAGCUGGGGAGCAAAGUGUGCAACCUCCUGCAGAGGGAGGAAGGGCACCUGUACGUGUGCGGGGACGUGCGCAUGGCCAGGGGGGUCGCUGAGGCUUUGAAAGGGAUCCUGGCCAGGAGGCUGAAGCUCACAGCGCAGCAGGCAGAGGAGUACAUCUUCCAGCUGAAGAGCCAGAAGCGAUACCAUGAAGAUAUAUUUGGGGCUGUGUCCCGCCCGAAGCCAAAGGAGAUGUAGGAGCCUGGCAGCCCAGCAGGCAGCCAGCCUGUGCUGGAGACAGCCCUUGCACAUUUGUUGUUACUUCCAGAAGCCAAGGGGUGCAGCCC